AUCCCGUUUCAUUCGAUCGAACCGCUUUAAAUCCUGUUCUGACACGGAAGUAAGAAAAACGGUUCGAGGAAAAUAUCGAGGAUGAAGAGGCACCUCGACUGAGAUCGAAGGAUUGUCGCGACAAAUUCGGUGUUGUGUCGUGCACUUAUUGUACGGGGAUCAACGGACGGGAACGCGCGCACGCUGUUGGCCUGAACCAAUCGGCCCGGUGACCAGUUUGUGUGUACAGUGGCCACAUAGGUAAAUAAGAGUUCAAGGUCGGCGGACGGUAUUCGACCUAGCCUCGUUUACGCGUUCGAAAAAGUUAUUGGCACGAAGACCACGAGGGUAGAGAUAUCCCGUUAUUCUACGUUAAUCCACCGUCGCUUGCCGAAUAGACCACAAUUUCGUGAAACAUUCACGUCGUCGAGAAAGAAAGGGAAGAGGCACCAGGCAGGGGAACCGUGUGUUCAACCACGAUCGUUCCACGGGCCUCUAGCGAGAAGCGGAGCCGUGGUUCUGCCCACUGAGGACUGUCACAGUAUUUCGGGACCGUGAUCCAAAGUGCACGGGAUACACGGAGAGCAUAAAUAAAUAUACUCGCGUGUGCUGCUGGCCCCGUCAGAAGCCGUUGGGGACCGUCAUUCGUCUGUGAUUCCAUUCGGUCGUAUGCGUGUCGGCACAGGAGCAGUGUUUGUUUCUUUCUUCACAGUGUAUAACCGGCGGUGUAUAUACUUCUCGCGUUCUGUUUUUUCGUGGUAGUCGUCGCCGCGUUGGCGAAAGAGGAACAGGAGACGGUAGUCUCAGUGGUGAAAGAGAGAGAAGGAGAGAGAGAGAGAGAGAGAGAGAGAGAGGGAGAGAAAGGUCGAGAAAAAAGAAGAAAACGUCAACAGAGGUGGCGAAGGAAACCAGGCAAAAAAAAGCUGCACGGAGUAAAGAGAGAAAAAGGGAAGCGAAGGAAAGUUGUGUGUGCCCCGGUGUAUGCGCGGUGGUGUCGCGGUGCCGCGUCCGGCACUGAUUCCGAAUAUUUCUCAUUUUCCGCGCGGCUACGUUAAAAAGUACUGGCCCCCAAAUGCGCGUACCGCAAAUCCUGUUUCAUGUUCAUGUUCUGGAGCAAACGGACGGCGCUCACUAGACGUCUCCUAAAGGCCAAGGUCCGUGGAGAGCAUGAAACCGAGUGUGAAGCUCAAGAGGAUUCGUCACGUAUUCAUCGCGCAAACACGAGCGGCACCGACAACGACACGAGCAACGUGACGGCAACGACAGGCCAAACAACCAAAGGAGCGCGUGAAGCGUCGUCAGGAGGUGCAGCCGGCGGCGGCUGCGGCGGUAGCGAAGGACGAGGUGGGGGCGGUGGAGGGAGAGUAGGUGGCCGUAUCUCGUCGAGUAGACUACAUCAAGGUUGUUGCCGCGGUGAUCCGACCCAGGACGAUGACGAGGAUCCCGUUCGUUUAUUAAUGUGCAAGGACCUACUCAAGUCGCUCAAGGAAAAUCAGCUAGAGAUGUUGCUCACCGCCGUGGAGAGCUUCGGUGCCGAUCUCGGCUCGUGCGUGCUUGUGCCCCGUCAGCAUCAGCAGGAUGUCUACGAUUCGGACCAACAGCAACAGUACUAUCGUCCUCAUCGUUUGAACUACAACCAUCAUCACAACCACUAUAAUCACCGGCAUCCUCACCAUUACCUUCAUCGGCAUCAUCGUAGACAUCAUCGUUCGUCCUCGUUGGAGAACGACGACGACGAACAGAACUCUGGGUCCGAGGACUCGUGCGCCUCGCAGAUGAGGCCGGAAAGGUGCAGAGUACCGAUUCGGGGCUCGCUCGGCAACGCUCCGAUCGAUCCUCACCUGCUCUGUUGCCAGAUUUGGCGGUGGCCAGAUCUUGCUCACCCGUCCGAGCUCAAGAGACUUCCUGUCUGUCAUUCCGCUAAAGACCCCGUAUACAUAUGCUGUAAUCCUUACCAUUGGAGCCGGCUCUGCAAACCCGAGUCGCCGCCACCCCCCUACUGCCUUAUUGCCGACAGACUGAGACCCGAAGAUCGUGCGCCCAGCGAAGGGGAUCAACGUCGGUGCAAAAACAGCACACCCGUGCCUCUUCCCGGCUCCCUUACCACCAACGGAGAAGGUGAGACGGGUCAGAAGGAAUGGUGUACAUUAGCAUAUUGGGAACUGGGUGGUCGAGUGGGUCGUCUUUACCCUGUGGAGCCUUCAACAGUAAAUGUAUUCGAUUCCCUCCACGAUGGUGAUGGCCUUUGCCUAGCAACGUUAGCCGAAAAUCAUGUUGCAUCGCCUGCAGUCCAAAGAACGAGGAGCAAAAUUGGUCUUGGAUUAAUGCUUAGUCAAGAAACAGACGGUGUGUGGGCAUACAACAGAUCCGAGAGCCCGAUCUUCGUGAAUUCACCAACCCUGGACGAUCCGGAGUCUCGAACGUUGCUCGUCUACCGUGUGCCGCCGGGUUUCUGUCUGAACAUCUUCGACCGCACCAAAAUACUACAGCUUCCAUAUGGCAGUGGUAACACAAGAACAACCAGUCAGGCAGGAGGCUUCGCCUCUGGUCCUGUCGAUAUCAACUCCGUCCGCAUCAGCUUCGCCAAAGGCUGGGGACCCAAGUACUCAAGACAGGAAGUUACGUCUUGUCCGUGUUGGCUCGAAGUACUCCUAGCCCCGUGCAGGUGAUCCCUACGGCCCGUCGUGAAGGUAUUCAGUCACGUCCAUUCGCGCCUCUUCUUCCACCUCGUCGUCCUCCAAGAGGACCGAUCUGUGAAACACGACACGGCAACCGACGAUCCUCCGUCCCGUGGGCUGCCAACGGACACUCGAACGACGUGGAUCGCCGCCAGCAGUCUUACCAAAGUACGCCGCCAUGCGUCCAAGAACAGCGUCGUUUCGUUAAGAGAGGGAAAAUAGGGAAUCACUUGGCAGGAGCGUUUUUCUUUUUCUUUUUUAUAUAUAUAUAUAUAUAUAAUUCUUGUGCCUGCGAACGGUGAACGCACACAGUUCUACGUGGUACUCGAUUCGUUUAGAGCAUCGAAAAAAACUCAUCCAUUCGUUGUCACGGCACCCCCCAACCCUCUCCCCCUGCCCU